AUGUCAUCUUACCCCAGCGACCCGAAGACGGCGGUGAUGCGUCAGGUGCAGCAAGAAGCUGCCAUGCAGAAUGCGCGCAUGCUUGUUGAGAAACUCAAUGAACACUGCUUCGAGCGCUGCGUCCCCAAGCCCGGUACCUCACUCUCAAAAGGCGAAGAAAACUGCUUCACAGCAUGCAUGGAGAAAUAUAUGAGCGCAUGGAACACAGUCAGCAAACAGUACGUUGGGAGGAUACAGCGCGAGAGUGCGGCUGUGGGUAACCAGGGCUUGUAA